AAUAACGAUUUGUCAUGAAAUCCAAUCAGUCUUUAAUUAAAACACCAAUUUGUCAUAAGAUUCUAAAGAAUUUUGUCAAUAAUAUCAAGAGAAAUUGAAAUGGCUGAAUUUAAAGAGUGUGAAACUGUUUUCCAAGCAAUGGAUGAUCCAGCUCAUGGUGCCAAGCCUAAGGUUUACAAAGAUGGGCAGUACAGUGAUCCUCUUUUCAAGAAGCUGUCAAAAAUCAACGGUGAAGUGAACAAACUUACAAAAGUGGAGCUUCAAUCAAAACUGAAGGAGUUUGGACUGGACACAAGAGGGCUAAAAGAUGUUCUUAGGAAAAGAUUAAAAAACUACUAUAAGAAAAGAAACCUGCAGAAAUCUCACAUGAAGAUCACAGGGAAGACUGGCUAUGAUUACCUGGCUGUUAUAGACUUCGAGGCAACCUGUGAGAUGAACAACCCCCAUUACAGACACGAAAUCAUUGAGUUUCCCAUUGUGCUGGUCGAUGUGGAUCAAAUGAAAAUUGUUGACAGGUUUCAUGAGUACGUCCGUCCUCAGCUCAACCCAACACUGUCCAACUUCUGUACCAAAUUGACAGGAAUCACUCAAGCACAGGUGGAUAAAGCAGACACAUUCGUGCCCGUACUGGAGAGGGUGGAACUCUGGCUUCAGAGUCAAAGACUUGGCCAAGAGAAAUCAUUUGCUGUCCUUACUGAUGGCCCGUGGGACAUGUUCAGGUUUAUGUAUUACCAGUGCCAGGAAAGCAGUGUGGAGAUGCCCGCAUGGUCACGUGUCUGGAUCAACAUCCGCAAGUCCUACUGUAACUUCUACCAGUGUGGAAGGGGAGGCAUAGAAACUAUGUUGAAAAAUCUUGGUAUGCAAUUUGAAGGCUCUCUGCACAGUGGAAUUGAUGACUCAGUGAACAUUGCCCGUAUAGCUAUAAAACUGCUCAACGAUGGUUGUUGCCUUACUCUUAAUGAACAGAUACAAAUUAAGGAAAACCCUCACGACAAUAAACGUGAGGUGCGUUACACCAUGUAUCAGGAACCUCGUGAACGAAGAUGCAUCAAAACUGACAGUGACAGUGACAAUGACGGUGAAAAUGGAAGAAGACGCAGCAAUGGUAACCAUAGUGAUGGUAACCGUGGUAACAUAAGUAGGUCAGGCCAGAUUGAAGUUGAGGGCUGGGGGGAGUGUGAUGGUUUGGAAGGGAGACUGGGUAACAUGAAUGUUAAAGAGGAUGACGGGGAUGUGGAUGAUUUGCUGAAUUACUACAGGCUACAGAAAACAUGAUAACAUGGAUCAUAUAUGAUGGUUAUGUGUAAUACAAGUUCAUCAAACUUUUACACAAAUUACUGGUCAUAGAAUGCAUGAUAUAUCUGGUAUGGUAUGUUUUAUAGCAAUUUCUUGAGUUAAUACAGGCUUAAGAAAAUAAAAUUUCAUAACAAGUAUGUAAUAAAAAAGAAGAUAAGUU